AUGCAUUUGAGAACGGGACUGUUCCUCACCCUAUUUCUUUUUACACUUGCAGCCCCUCGAAUCAAAGACCUACAGGUCCAAGACUUGUUUGGAAUCCGAGAUGUCAAAUACAAACACUUCCUAGAGAGUCUAAGACCAGUCAAACACACCACCAAUGUCAAAAUGAUAAAGGACCUGGACAGGCAACGGACGAAGAGGUCGACGUUCUUCACCACGGGGGUGAAAAUAUGUCCUCAAGAGAAGAUGAAGGAGGUCAUCUCCAACCAUCGGGCCUACUACAAACUUAGAGUUUGUCAGGAAGCGAUAUGGGAGGCCUUCCGUAUCUUCUUGGACAGGGUUCCUAACUCCGAGGAGUACAAACACUGGACAAACGCCUGCCAGCAUGGCUCUCUCUGUCUGGAUGAGGUGGCCAGGAACUUCAGUAGUACCCAGGAACACAUUGACAUGGUGGCCAGAAGAGUUGCUGAACAGGAGAAGAUCCAGAAAGAAAGCGGUGAAGUACCAACAGCUGAAGGAACUGAGAUUGAGAAAUGCUCGAAAACUCCAUCAGAACUGUUUACCAUUCCGAAUGAAGCAGGGGACAUAACAGAGAUUCCAAACAUUGUACCAGAUGAGGCGGUUAUUGAGGAGCAGAUAGUGGAGUUCAGUGUCACCAUAGCUGACCCUGGCUACAGUGAACUUCUUCUGAGAGACCCUGCAGCUCCCCAGUACCAUGACAUCACACGCAAUCUCCACGAUACGAUGGUUCCCGUUUUUGACAAACUUCCUGGGUAUAAAGAUCUUCGUGUUUUGGGAUUUCGAUCUGAUGAUGUGUCAGUCCGCUAUGCUGUGGUGUUUGAGACGAAUGGAGAAGACCAUGACACAGAAUCUAAAACCACUCUAGAACCAGGCACAGGGACAGUUGUUUACACAAACGGGCACAGACUGAAGGAUCUGGUUUCCAAGGCCUUGAGCGAAGAGACAUCCCUGCCUGUGGACAUACAAACACUCAGUUUUGAACCUGAUCCCACAGUUUCGCUACGCAAUGAGUUGGAAGCGACUACCUUGGAGACCAUGCUAGAGGAGGUUGUUGGGCACACUGAAGGUUUCUUACCAACUGUUGCUGUCGGAGAGGAAUUUCUUAAAGAUUUUACAGACACACCCGAGGAACUUACUGUUGUGCCUUUAGGUGACUCAGUUACUGUUCUCCUCACUGAGGCUACCACUGCCUCCCCUGCCAUUGAAGUAACUCCCAAUUCUCCCCAAGAGGAACUUAGUGAGAGUCCUCCCUCAGAAGAAGUAGAGUUGCCUCCAGUUGCGGCUACAGAUGAGAUGCUUGAGGCAGAGGCUACAGAUGAGAUGCUUGAGGCAGAGGCUACAGAGGAGAUGCUUGAGAUAGAGGAGCCUGAAGUGGAUGUUACAGAGGAGACGAUUGAGGUAGAGGAGCCUGCAGUGGAUGUUACAGAGGAGACGACUGAGGUAGAGGCUACAGAGAGGACGCUUGACGUAGAGGAGCCUGCAGUGGAUGUUACAGAGGAGACAAUUGAGGUAGAGGCUACAGAGAGGACGCUUGACGUAGAGGAGCCUGCAGUGGAUGUUACAGAGGAGACAAUUGAGGUAGAGGAGCCUGAAGUGGAUGUUACAGAGGAGACGAUUGAGGUAGAGGAGCCUGCAGUGGAUGUUACAGAGGAGACGAUUGAGGUAGAGGAGCCUGAAGUGGAUGUUACAGAGGAGACGAUUGAGGUAGAGGAGCCUGCAGUGGAUGUUACAGAGGAGACGACUGAGGUAGAGGAGCCUGCAGUGGAUGAUACAGAGGAGACGAUUGAGGUAGAGGAGCCUGAAGUGGAUGUUACAGAGGAGACGAUUGAGGUAGAGGAGCCUGCAGUGGAUGUUACAGAGGAGACGACUGAGGUAGAGGAGCCUGCAGUGGAUGUUACAGAGGAGACGAUUGAGGUAGAGGAGCCUGCAGUGGAUGUUACAGAGAGGACGCUUGAUAUAGAGGAGACUGCAGUGGAUGUUACAGAGGAGACGUUUAAAGUAGAGGAACCUCCAGUGGAUGUUACAGAGGAGACAAUUGAGGCAGAGGAGCCGCUGGAUAUUACAGAGGAGACGAUUGAGGUAAAGGAGCCUGCUGUGGAUGUUAAAGAAGAGACAUCUGAGGUAGAGGCUACAGAGGGGACACUUGAUGUAGAGGAGCCUGCUGUGGAUGAUACAGAGGAGACGAUUGAGGUAGAGGAGCCUGAAGUGGAUGUUACAGAGGAGACGAUUGAGGUAGAGGAGCCUGCAGUGGAUGUUACAGAGGAGACGACUGAGGUAGAGGAGCCUGCAGUGGAUGUUACAGAGAGGACGCUUGAUGUAGAGGAGACUGCAGUGGAUGUUACAGAGGAGACGUUUAAAGUAGAGGAACCUCCAGUGGAUGUUACAGAGGAGACAAUUGAGGUAGAGGAGCCGCUGGAUAUUACAGAGGAGACGAUUGAGGUAAAGGAGCCUGCUGUGGAUGUUAAAGAAGAGACAUCUGAGGUAGAGGCUACAGAGGGGACACUUGAUGUAGAGGAGUCUGCAGUGGAUGUUAAAGAAGAGACAUCUGAGGUAGAGGCUACAGAGGGGACACUUGAUGUAGAGGAGUCUGCAGUGGAUGUUAUACAAGAGACAUCUGAGGUAGAGGCUACAGAGAGGACGCUUGAUGUAGAGGAGCCUGCAGUGGAUUCUACAGAGAAGACGAUUGAGGUAGAGCAGUCUCUAGUGGAUGCUACAGAGCAGACGAUUGAUAUAGAGAAGACUGUGGAUGCGACAGAGGACUACCUUUGGGUUUGGCCACCAGUUACAAGAACGGCUGUUACAGAACAGCCUACCACCAAAAUGAUUACUCUCUUCCCCCCUGAGGAAGAUGCUGAGGAGACCCUCCCAACUGUUGAACCUAAGGAAGAUGAAGGACCCACAACUACUGAGGCGGCUUUAGGGGAGCAACCAGACGGAGACAAUCAAAUGAUCACCACUACAGCAUCUCUACACGUAGAACCUGCAUCCAUCGAAACAUUCACCACUGUUACACAAUCACCAAACAUGCCUUUAUCUGAGGAUGAUGUCAUCCAAGCAGAGCCUGAGGAAGUCCUCUCAGCAAAUAUUCCCCCUGGACCUUCAGAAGGAUGGGACACUCUCCAAGAUGAGGAACCACUUGAGACGGACGUGGAUAUCUCUAAUGACUCGGACAUACAGGAGGAUGUAGAAAAGGUAGAGGACGGUACAGAAGCCGCCAAUACGCUGGACGAGUUUGGCAGUGGAUUAGAAGGCCCAUUUGAGUCCACCGCAUCCCCAGCACUCACACACAUGAACACUCCUUUAAUGGCCAGUACUGGAAAAGCCAAAGAAAUGGUGGUGUUCUUUAGUUUGCGAGUCACUAACAUGAUGUUUUCAGAGGACCUGUUCAACAAAAGCUCUCCUGAGUACAGGUCAUUGGAGAAUACCUUUCUUCAGCUGAACCAGUUCUCUGAGCCCAGAGACUCGCCAAAUCCUGGAGCCAGUAAAUCUGGGACUGGGAGACAGAGGACGUUAGCUUCAAUACCGCUUCUCCCAUAUCUGCAAUCUAAUUUGACAGGAUUUAAGCAAUUGGAAAUCCUCAACUUCAGGAAUGGUAGUGUUGUGGUGAACAGCAAGAUGAAAGUAGAAAAGGAUGUGCCACAUAACCUGACACAGGCCGUUCACUGUGUGCUAGAAGACUUCUGCAACGCUGCAUCCAAACGACUAGACAUUGAGAUUGACAGUCGCUACCUGGACAUAGAACCUGCUGACCAAGCAGAUCCCUGCAAGUUCUUGGCCUGCAAUGAGUUCUCCCAAUGUGUGGUAAACAGUUGGACCCAGGAGGCUGAGUGUUUGUGUGACCCUGGCUACAGCACUACGGACGGUCUGCCCUGCCAGAGCAUUUGUAACUUGGAGGAAGAAUACUGCUUCAACGGGGGCCUUUGUGACAUCAUCCAGGGUCAUGGAGCCACCUGCAGAUGUCCUGUAGGGAAAUACUGGCACUAUCAUGGAGUGCGCUGCAAUGAGCUGGUGUCACUGCCUGUAGAUCCAGCCAUUUUCAUAGCCUGCCUGGUGGGAAGCCUCACCUUGGUUUGUGCCAUCAUAGGCAUCUUGGUAUUCAUAAACAAGAAAUGUUUCGGGAACCGAAAGACUGUGACUUUGGUGCAUACAAUUGCUCCCUAUGCCUUUGAGAACACAUUGAGAGUGAACCCUGUUUUUGAAAAUGACGAUGGCAUCUUGACUCAAGUAUCCAGCAUAAGUACACCAGCACCCUCGAGUAGUGGUGCUGGUUCUUCUCAAACAUCAGAGCAAGAAGCUUUUCGCGCUAUUGAAAAUAUACAUCUAAGUAUUGAGAUCCCCAGACAGCUCUACACAACCAGACCCGACAAGCUAGUCUCUGAAAUGGUCGAUUUCCAUCACUGUAUACCACACAACGAGACGUGGCGACCACCGAAUGAGUACCGAACCUGUUGCCUGUUAAGGGCAUCAGAAAACGAAUGCUUUGAGGUAACUGUUCUUUGA